AUGGAGCUCCUCCGAACAACCUUACUGCUGGCAGUCGUGCCGGUACUUGUUCUUUGCCUACCGUAUUCAGAAGAUGUCUCGCACAGCAAGCGUUCCUCGGGUCCGUUAUGUUUGGCGUGUUCUUUGUCUGACCAUCCCAGCCAGUGCAGUAAGACGGUUCGCUGUGAGGAAGAUGAGGUAUGUUACGUGGAAAAGGUGACGAUUUCGGGAACGACGGACAAAUUCAAUCAAGGAUGCACUAGGGGACAGAUGUGUACAUCUUACUUCGGAGCAGUAGGUCCACAAGUAGGGAAAAGAGAGAACAGCCGGCCACGUUCUGUACCCGGGAACAAAAACAAACGGGUGAUACCUAUAUGUAAUAAAUGCUGUACUGGUGAUCUAUGCAACACUAACGAGUGUGGUGCUGGAGCUACAACAGAUCCUCCUCCAACUGUGUCACCCAACAGUACUACCUGGGUCCGAUUAAUCGGAGGCUCGAAUCCCUAUGAAGGUCGUGUAGAAGUGUUCCAUUCCGGCCGAUGGGGAACAGUAUGUGAUGAUCAUUGGGGUGGAGAAGAGGCUGCCGUAGUUUGUGGAAUGCUCGGUUUUGGACGUGAUGGAGCCGGAGCAGUACCAGCCGCUGGGUUCGGAAAUGCGCCAAGCUAUGCCCGUAUUUGGCUCGACGAAGUUAACUGCACUGGAACCGAAACUCUGAUAGAUCAAUGUCAACACAACGGCUGGGGUGUCAAUGACUGCUACCAUAACGAGGAUGCGGGUGUAGUGUGUUCUCCAAUGAGAAAUCAGGACAACUUCAUACUUCUUGUGGAUACUGGAGUCGGCGGCCUUAUCUUUCGCAUGGACAUCGACACGCAGAGUUUCUCUCCUAUACCGAUGAACCCUCUGUAUUCACCUUCAGCUAUCGACUAUGACCCCACAGAGGCCCGUAUCUACUUCGUCGACCCGACUCUCCGACAGCUCCUUAGCGUGCACUUUAGCGGUACCGACAUCCGGGAACUUGAGCAGCUUGAUGAAAAUGCUGAUUUGGAGAAGAUAUGUGUAGACCCUAUCAACAAGGUUCUAUUCUACGCUGAUACUGGAAAUAACUUCAUUGCAUCCAUUAAUCUUGACGGAAGUGACUUUACAAUUCUCGCUAAUGAUACAGUAGACGAGCCACGAGACUUAACUGUAGAUCCCCAGAACAGGGUGGUGUACUGGACAGAUUGGGGAGCCACACCUAAGAUCGAGAAGAUGAACUACGAUGGAACCGGAAGACAGACAAUAGCCACUGACAACAUGAAAUGGCCAAAUGGACUCGCAUUAGAUUAUACCACAAGAAAACUCUACUUUGUGGAUGCUAGUACUGACCAAAUAGAGGAGAUGAAUACAGACGGAUCUGACCGUCAAGUUAUCCUGACUGACCCUGGUUCGCAUAUGUUCGCGCUUUCGCUUUACAAACAAUACAUAUACUACACCGACCUCACCAGGAGUUCCGUAAUGAGAGUAAAUAAGGACGGAACUGGACUGACAACAGUUGGACCGCCAUCCUUCAAAACGCUGGCAGAUAUCCACGUACACCAUUAUGGUUCAGGCAUGCCAGGUGUGGUUACGCCAGCACCCAUUGUACAGGAUGAGACACAUAUGUUUGUGCGAUUGCUGGGAAAAGGAAAUCAUAACGAAGGUUUGGUUGAAGUUUACGCGAACGGCGUGUGGGGCACCAUUUGUGACGACGGUUGGACAAAUGCAGACGCCAGCGUAAUCUGUGAAAUGAUGGGCUUUGGCAAGUCUAACGCUGUGGCUGUAAAUGAGUCCUUCUAUGGAAGUGACGGCAGUGUUCUAAUCUUUUUGGAUGAGGUCAACUGUACUGGAGACGAGUCCCAUAUUGCACAAUGCACAUUACCGAGUGAUUGGGGAGUACACGACUGCCGUCACAGCGAAGAUGCUGGAGUCAACUGUCAUUUAGAUCCAAAUUCGAUCAAGAGCUUUGUGUUGAUGGCCGAUUCUUACACAUCUGAGAUUUAUCGAAUGGAUUUGGAAACCGGAAGUUACUCAGCUAUUCCAAAUAACAAUGUGUAUUCUCCCAUUGCUAUCGACUACGAUCCUGUAAGCCACGAUGUGUUUUAUACCGACGUUAGAGUGGGUGUCAUCAGAAAGACGUCCCUAGAUGGCGCCACCCAGUCGGAUCUGUUGCAGCUCAACAGAAUUUCUACUCCGGAUGGUCUGGUCGUUGACGAAACAAAUCGCCUGUUAUUUUACACCGAUACCGGAAAUGAUGUCAUCAGUAAAGUAGGCAUUGAUGGUACAGGUAAUACUAAUAUCAUCACAAGCAACUUAGAUGAACCCAGAGCGAUCGCCCUUGACGAAAAGAAUCAGGUGAUAUAUUGGACAGACUGGGGAAGUGACCCCAAGAUUGAAAAAGCUAACUAUGACGGGAGUGCCAGACAAGUUAUCGCCAAUGGUACUGGACUUAAACUGCCAAACGGACUUACCUUCGAUGAAAAAGACAGCAAGCUUUACUUCUGUGACGCGGGAACCAACAAGAUAGAAGUCAUGAAUACUGAUGGCAGUAACAGAAGGACACUGUUCGAGGACUCCGGGGCUCACUUCUUCGGUGUGGACACUGACGAACAAUACAUCUAUUUCUCCGACUGGACCAAAGAUGGAGUGAUGAAGAUACAGAAGGAUGGAGAGGCCGAGAUUCCUAUCGGUCCGCCAAGCUUCGUUCGUCUUAACGGAGUAGCUGUUCACAAGGCCAACUCUGUCUAAAUUCUCCCCAGCAUAAGAGUUCACAUAGGUGCAAGUAACAACUGGAGGACUGAUAAAAU